AUGAAGCAGGCUGUGAAAGAAGACCCAGCAAUGAGAAAACUGUCGCAAUGCAUAAAAAGAGGACAAAUGGUGAAUACAGAGGAUAUCAGUGGAUAUAAAAACGUAUUCCAGGAACUGGCAUUGGUGGACGACCUGAUCAUGCGAGGUGAAAGAAUGGUAGUCCCAGACAAGUUGCAGAAACGAAUGAUACAGAUUGCCCACGAAGGACAUCAAGGAGUAGUACGAACUAAACAAAUGCUCCGUGCACACGUCUGGUUCCCGGGAAUAGAUGCAGCAGUGAAAAACUACACGGACAAGUGUUUGGGAUGUCAAGCAACUACGCCAUUGAAUAACAGAGAGCCACUACAAAUGACAGAACUACCAGAUGGACCAUGGGAAAAAGUCAGCAUGGACUUCGCGGGACCCUUACCAAACAAAGAUACGAUAUUGGUAAUGUGGGAUCAAUAUGCCAAAUACCCAGUAGUCGAAUUCGUCACCACAACAUCGGCAGAAACAACAAUACGUGCGCUGGAACGUAUCUUCACUACAUAUGGUACUCCAAAAGAGAUAAAGACAGAUAAUGGACCACCAUUCAACUCGGGAAAAUUUUCAGAAUUUGCAAAAACGCUGGGUUUUAAACACCGGAAAGUUACUCCAAAAUGGGCCGAGGCAAAUGGUGAUGUCGAAAGAAUGAUUCAAAUCAUAAAAAAAGUGCGAAGAUAG